UACUGAGGUUAUUGACAUAAUCACUUUCUUAGCAAAGGAAGAAGCACUUUGAACUUGGGCAGCAUUCCCUUUGGGAGGGUCCAUGUUUAGGAUCCUCCUGUUACUAUAAGGCCACUUUUGGGGUCCUAUGGGUGUGGAUCCAUCUCACCAGAAAGGAUUGCCUUUUUUUUUGGAGACAGAGUCUUUCUCUGUCUCCCAGGCUGGAGUGUAGUGGUGCGAUCUUGGCUCACUGCUCCGCCUCCUGGGUUCAAGCAAUUCUUUUGCCUCAGCAUUCCGAGUAGCUGGAAUUACAGGUGUGUGCCACCAUGCUGGGCUAAUUUUUGUAUUUUUAGUGGAGACGGGGUUUCACCAUGUUGGCCAGGCUGAAUGAAGCUGAGAUUUUGAUCCACUAUCAGAAUCCAGAAAGAUCCAGGAGUUCCAAGAACAUGGCAAUGAGUCAAAAUCUUAGGAUUAAGGGAUUAAAAUGUCAGUGCAAAUUUCCAACCGACCAGGUAGCUAAUAGCUGAGCAGUAUAUCAGCAUGUUAGAAUUCCACACUGCCUCACUGCAGCUGCUCAAGGAUGGGUAGGUUUCUGUCUCUGAAAUUCAGGAAAAAGCCUUAAGUGCCAGAGAAGGUGCUUCCAAGACUGCAGAAUUCCCUUGAUAGGGUUUGUCCCUGGUACCCAAAAGUGUAGAGAAGGGACCCUAAGAUUAGCAUAGAACCACUCAUCUCUCCUCCCUUCCCCACCCCUUCUUCCCAUGCUUCCAUUCCCCAUGGCUAUCUCUUCGGACUGUGACACACACUUCCUCUCCAGCAGUGUCAGGAAAGGUCUGGAUCUGUAUUGAAUCUAGCCAUUAUGGAGACUGUGGCUGCCAGCACCUGCAAGACAGCACCCUCAUGCCAUGCAGGCAGCAAGCCCAUCCUGAGUAGCAGUCCUCCUAGAGGCUGCUCCCUCUUCACUGGUGAGAGGAAAAGGGACUUGUUCUCCCUUGACCUGUUUUCUGGUUUUCCUGUUCCCACCCUGGUCUUUGCCUGGUGACAGAGAAACUUUCUAAAAAACAAAAACAAAAAGCCAUAAAAAAAAAAAAAAAUCUGCAUGCCAAGCGCAGUGGCUCAGGCCUGUAAUCCUAGCAAUUUGGGAGGCCAAGGUGGGUGGAUCACCUGAGGUCAGGAAUUCAAGACCAGCCUGGCCAACAUGGUGAAACCCCAUCUUAAAAAAAAAAAAAAAAAUCUGGAAUCCACAUCAGAAGUCAAUGAUUUCUUUAAAAAUACAUCUACUGGGCUGGGCGUGGUGGCUCCCACCUGUAAUCCAAGCACUUUGGAGGCUAAGGCGGGCGGAUCACCUGAGGUUGGGAGUUCAAGACUAGCCUGACCAACAUGGUGAAAUCCCGUCUUAAAUAAAUAAAUAAAAAAUACAUCUACUUCCUUCCCGUCCUCAUCUUCUCCCAUCCCCCCAGACAGGUGUGUUUGCUGGUAUCCAGCUACCUGUAUCAGAUCUCCUCUGGAAGGCAGGUGCUCAGCUGGGCUCCAUGUUGGAGGGCAACAGCAGAGCCACUUGUAGCUGGCCUCUCACCCUGCUGCCCCCCAGCCCACCCACAAUGGCUCAAAGGGCUGGUCUUCUGAGAAAGACUUGCAGCUAGCCUAUUAUCACAAUCACUUUCCAGUUGUGUUAAGUGGUAUCAAAGCAUUGAGCAAGAUGUGGUAGGAGGAAAAGAGAAUUAUAGAAAGAAAGCCUGCAAAAGUAUAAAAGUCACUGAUAGACUAGAUACACAAAUGAGAAAGAAAUCAAGCGUUAUCAUCACGGAAAACCACCAAAUCACAAAAGAGAAGAAAGGGACCAGGCAUGGUGACUCAUCCCUGUAAUCUCCCACUUUGGAAGGCUGAGGUGAGAGAAUUGCUUAAGGUCAAGAGUUUGAGACUAGCCAAGGCAAUAUAGUGAGACUCUGUCUCUUACUAAAAAAAGGAAAAGAAAAAAAAUAGAAAGCAAAUUUAAAAAGAAAAAAAAAUUCAAGAGGAAAAAAGAAACAAAUGACAUACAAAACAAUCAGAAACCAAUUGACAAAAUGAUAGGAAUAAGUUCUUACUCAUCAAUAACAACCUUGGAUGUAAAGAGUUUAAACUUCUCAAUUAAAAUAUAUAGCCUUGCUUAGCCAGGCAUGGUGGCACAUGCCUGUAAUCUCAGCUACUCACGAGGCUGAGGCAGGAGAAUCACUUGAACCCUUGAGGUGGAGGUUUCAGUGAGCCAAGAUUGUGCCACUGCACUUCAGCCUGGGCAACAGAGCAAGACUCUGUCUCCAAAAAAAUACAAUUAAAUAAAUAAAUAUAUAUACACACACGCACAUACACACAGGUCACAUCCUCUCCUCUUUAAAAUCUAUCAGGGAUUCCAUUACACCUAGAAUAAAACCCAGAGGCUUUCCCUUGGCCUCUCCUUCUCCGUGUCCCAUUUCUCAGACCAAUUAGGCUGGCUCCUACCUGAAAACCCAGUCUCUGCUCCCGGGUGAGUUACUUCCUCUGAGGCUUUCCCUGGCCCAUCAAGCUGAAACAGUUUUCCAUACACUACAAGAGGAAGCAGAAUCCUGAUUCCUUAACCUUCUCGCCACCAGAGACGACUCCUCUUAGUCUUCUUUACAUGAAGCCUGGUCACCUCACUGAGCUGAUCUGAUUCCAGAACACAGAGAUCUGCUUCUUUGGCCUGUACAACCUGGUUUCAGAUCAAACUGGAGGGUCCACAAACAGGCUGAAGAUCUCGUCUGGAGGGAGACUGCAGUGAACCCAAGAUCUCUCAAGCGCAUUGACAUAAGAAGUAUUAGAAAAGAAUGAGCACAGUGCUGUGAGAGCAGCUACCAGGGGGCUGAACUGGGUCCCCUCCGCCAGGCUUCCGAGUCGAGCCCCCGGCUGGGUGGGACCAGAAGACGCGCUAGGCCUCGCCCAGGAUCCCUCCCUGAGGACAAGCGGAAGGCAGCGUACUCUCUUUUCCCUCUUGUCCUUCAGCGUUCGCGGGACCCGGAUGCUAGAUCAGCCGUCCAGGCGCCCAGCUAGGACCCGCGGAUGCAGCGGGCCCCAUCCAUUUCCGCUUCCGGCCGUGGGGCGGGGGUUUCCGGUUGUCGGAGGCGAGGCUUCACUGCUGUCAAGGGGCGGUACGGCCCGGAAGCUGCAGCGGCGGCGCGGAGACAGCCGGGCGGGCCAUGGCGGCGAAUCUAAGCCGGAACGGGCCGGCGCUGCAGGAGGCCUACGUGCGGGUGGUCACCGAGAAGUCCCCAACCGACUGGGCUCUCUUUACCUAUGAAGGCAAUAGCAAUGACAUCCGUGUGGCUGGCACAGGGGAGGGUGGUCUGGAGGAGAUGGUGGAGGAGCUCAACAGCGGGAAGGUGAUGUACGCCUUCUGCAGAGUGAAGGACCCCAACUCUGGACUACCCAAAUUUGUCCUCAUCAACUGGACAGGCGAGGGUGUGAACGAUGUGCGGAAAGGAGCCUGUGCCAGCCACGUCAGCACCAUGGCCAACUUCCUGAAGGGGGCCCACGUGACCAUCAACGCACGGGCCGAGGAGGAUGUGGAGCCUGAAUGCAUCAUGGAGAAGGUGGCCAAGGCUUCAGGUGCCAACUACAGCUUUCACAAAGAGAGUGGCCGCUUCCAGGACACGGGGCCCCAGGCCCCAGUGGGCUCUGUAUACCAGAAGACCAAUGCUGUGUCUGAGAUUAAAAGGGUUGGUAAAGACAGCUUCUGGGCCAAAGCAGAGAAGGAGGAAGAGAACCGUCGGCUGGAGGAAAAGCGGCGGGCUGAGGAGGUGCAGCGGCAGCUGGAGCAGGAGCGCCGGGAGCGUGAGCUGCGUGAGGCUGCACGCCGGGAGCAGCGCUAUCAGGAGCAGGGUGGCGAGGCCAGCCCCCAGAGCAGGACAUGGGAGCAGCAGCAAGAAGUGGUUUCAAGGAACCGAGAUGAGCAGGGGACGACAUGUGCUUCCCUGCAGGAGUCUGCUGUGCACCCACGGGAGAUUUUCAAGCAAAAGGAGAGGGCCAUGUCCACCACCUCCAUCUCCAGUCCUCAGCCGGGCAAGCUGAGGAGCCCCUUCCUGCAAAAGCAGCUCACCCAACCAGAGACCCACUUCAGCAGAGAGCCAGCUGCCACCGUCUCAAGGCCCAGGGCAGAUCUCCAUGAGGAGCUGGUGCCCAGCACUCCUGCAUGUCUGGUGCAGGCAGAAGAGGAGGCUGUGUAUGAGGAGCCCCCGGAGCAGGAGACCUUCUACGAGGAGCCCCCGCUGGUGCAGCAGCAAGGUGCCGGCUCUGAGCACACUGACCACCACAUGCAGGGCCAGGGGCUCAGUGGGCAAGGGCUCUGUGCUCGUGCCCUGUAUGACUAUCAGGCAGCUGACGACACAGAGAUCUCCUUUGACCCGGAGAACCUCAUCACGGGCAUUGAGGUGAUCGACGAAGGCUGGUGGCGUGGCUAUGGGCCGGAUGGCCACUUUGGCAUGUUCCCUGCCAACUACGUGGAGCUCAUUGAGUGAGGCCGGGGCAUGUCUUGCCUUUUCCCUCUCAGACCUGGCUUCCUUCUUGCUGGAAGAAGAGGCCUGGGAGUUAGCAUUCUUCCAGGAAUGGGAACCCCAGUGAGGAAGGGGCCUCAGGGCUCCCUCUGGCUUGGCAGACUCUGCCUGUCACCCCAAAUGCAGCAAUGACCUGGGAUUCCCAGACAUCCUUCCUGCAUCCUCCCAACCCUCCCAGAGAGCUUGGCUCUUGCCCCUGACAGGAUAUUGAGCCAAGCUCCACCUGUGGCUAGCCCUCUGGUGACCUCUGAGUGGCCACUACCAAGCUGGGGGGACGGGUCCUGAGCAGGGCCAUCUGGGAGGCUCUGGCUGCCUUCUGCAUUUAUUUGCCUUUUUCUUUUUCUCUUGCUUCUAAGGGGUGGUGGCCGCCACAGUUUAGAAUGACCCUUGGGAACAACGAACUUAGAGAAUCGUUUUUAACGGAGUUUGUGACCAAAGUCAGAGUGGAUCAUGGUUUGGCAGCAGGGAGGUUGUCUUGUCGGAGCCUGCUCUGUGCUCCCCACUCCAUGUCUCUGUCCCUCUGCCUGGGCUAUGGGAAUGGCCAAGCUCCCACCCUGGGUAUUGAAAACAGCAGACACAGCGUGUUCCUCCACGUGGCUCACUCGAUGCCUGCUGGCUCCAGUGUGUGCCUCAACUGAUUCUGACUUCAGGAACAGUAACACAGAGUGGCCUUGGCCUGUCGUCUUCCCCUGUUUUCUGUCCCAGUUCAUCCAUGUCUCUGAAGAACAAAUAUGCUUUUGGACCAUGAAUUGCCAGUUUGGUCUACACAGGCUCACAGUUGUGACCCGCCCUGCCGUAGCCUGAAGGCUCCUAUGUGGGAACAGCCCCCACUCCCCUCCGCCCUGCCUGCCGGGUGUCUGCCUCUGCUCUGUCUGGGGUGAGCACCCUCACCCUGAGAUUGCAGCUGAUGAUCAGCCACCAGGAAGAGGCAUAAAUGUUAAGAUGGGACUGAA